AUGGCCAAAAGCUCCCGCCAGGUGUCCCACAAUAUGGUAUAUUACCUGUCUGGCUUGGGAAAGAGUGAAAAUAUUACACUCCCAGAAGCCAGGAUCCUCCUUUCGGACUUUGGUGAAGCAUUCUCUCCGCAAGAAAAGAGAUUCGAGUCUCAUACGCCUCUUCUGAUCCGCCCUCCAGAGACCCGAUUUGAGCCAACUAAGCCUCUUAACUUUUCAUCCGAUAUCUGGACGCUUGCCUGCACCAUCUGGGAUAUCAUUGCCCAGAGAUCUCUAUUUGAAGGCUUUCUUACCAACGAAGACGAUAUGACUUGCCAGCAGAUUGACGCACUUGGCCAGUUGCCGACUGAAUGGCGGGAAAAAUGGGAGGCACAUCGAGACAAGUUCACUGAGCAUGGAGAGCCGAUGGACCAAUCCCGAUCUCCAUAUCAAUCAUGGGAGGAUCGCUUUGAAACAAGCGUGCAGCGACCGCGGAUAGCGGAGGGAAUGCCGCCUCUUGAAUCGAGCGAACAAGAUUCUCUUUCCUCAAUGUUGCGCUCCAUGCUUUCCUUUAGGCCGGAGGAUCGUCCUUCUGCUCAGCAGGUUCUCGAGUCUGAGUGGAUGGUGAAAUGGGCUCUGCCCGAGUACGAGAAGAUUCGCAACACUCAACAAUAG